UAAAAGGGGAUCAUCGAUCACGUCGCAACCAGUAAUCAAUUAAGAUUGACAGAUGAGGAGAGCAGAGCUCGUGUUCGUCCCUGCCCCUGGAGUCGGUCACCUCGUAUCAUUAAUCGAGUUCGCAAAGUGUUUGAUUGAACGGGAUGAUCGUCUCUCCAUCACCGUUCUCGUCAUAAAGUCACCAUUUGCGAACAUCUUGGAUGCCUUCAUUCAAUCAAUCACUGCCUCCCACACCCGCAUAAAAUGUAUUCUUCUUCCCCCAGUAGAUCCUCCUCCGGGAGAGGUUUUCCUCAGCUCUGUUGAAAAAUUUGUCACCGAUUUCAUUGAAAGCCACAAAUCCCAUGUCAAAGAAGCUAUCAUCGGCAGCGUGUUAUCCAAUUCCAUUCCGCUUGCCGGGUUGGUGGUGGAUAUGUUUUGCACCGCCAUGAUCGACGUGGCACACGAGCUCGGUGUCCCAUCUUAUGUGUACUACCCUAGUAAUGCAGCCUUUCUUGGCUACAUGCUCUACCUUCCGACCCGGCAUGACCAGGUCGGUGUCGAGUUUAGUGAGUCGGAUCCUGAGUCGUCCAUCAUACCGAGUUAUGUCAACUCGGUUCCUUCUAGCGCUUUGCCUUCAUUCGCUUUCAACAAAGAAGGUGGGUACAUCUCCAUGGUCAAUCAUGGUAGAAAGUACAAAGAGGCCAACGGUAUUCUCGUCAAUUCGUUUCAUGAGCUGGAAUCCCAUGCGUUCAGCUCGUUUUUGGCUGAUGGGAUCCCUCCUGUUUACGGAGUUGGGCCGUUAAUUAACCUCAAGGGUGAGAUAAAUUCGGAGGCGAAUGAGGCGGAACAUGAGAAGAUCAGGAAGUGGCUCGACGAUCAGCCUCCAUCAUCCGUGGUGUUCUUAUGUUUUGGGAGCUGGGGGAGCUUCAGUGCGCCGCAGUUGAAGGAGACCGCGCUUGCGCUCGAGCGGAGUGGGCACCGGUUCAUCUGGUCCGUGCGUUUGGAUUCUUUGGAAUCCCCACCAGGUGAGAAGGUUGCAGCGCCGUCAGAUAGGCCGAAUCUCGAGGAGGUCUUACCCGUAGGAUUCCUGGAAAGGACGAGAGAAAUCGGAAUGAUAUGUGGGUGGGCCCCACAAGUGGAGGUCCUGGCCCACAAGGCAAUCGGAGGGUUCGUAUCGCAUUGUGGGUGGAACUCGAUCUUGGAGAGCCUGUGGCAUGGCGUGCCUAUUGCCGCGUGGCCGAUUUACGCGGAGCAGCAAAUCAAUUCCUUUCUGAUGGUGAGGGAUCUGGGUUUAGCUGUGGAGCUGAAAUUGGAUUAUAGGCUCGGGGGUGAGGUUGUGGCGGCGGAGGAGAUUGAAAAGGCAGUCAAGUGUUUGAUGGACGGUGAGAGUGAGGUGAGGAAGAGGGUGAAAGAGAUGAGUGAAAAGAGUAGGAAGGCUGUAGUGAACGGCGGAUCUUCUUUUGCUUCAAUUGGACGGUUGAUUGAGAGUAUGCUGGGAAACAAUGUUGAAUCAACGUUGUAGUGAAAGAUUGAUGCACCUUUUCAACUUUCAAGGUUUUCUCUUUCUGUUUUUUUCCUUUAUCAAUGCAUCGUAAUUAGCAUCGGUGUUAAAGCUGGUACCAUAACUAAGGCUGUUAAGUGAGCGAAGCGUCUUGCGAGCAAGCUCGGGCUCGGCUCGCAUAAGCUCGGCUCGUACUCGACUCGAAUAUUAAAUGAAGCGCUUCGUGAACACAAAUCCUGGCUUGAAUAUUAAACGAAGCAAGCUCGGCUCGACUCGGCUAAGCUCGUGAGUAGCUCGUGAGCUCGGCUCGUAUAAGGCUCGCCUCGCUUAUUAGGCUCGGCUCGUAUAUUUUUUAUCAAGUAACAAAUAAUAAUAUAUAAUCAACAUUACUCAUUUACUCAAUAAUAACAAAUAUAUUAUAUA